CCAUACAAAAAUUCCUCACGUCGUGGACAGAUUUUGGUUGGAGUAAAAGCUCUCGCUUCACCUUUUCCUCUCUGUAGCUGCACAUAUAACUAUUACUCACACCCAUUGACAUUGUUGCUAGCAUAUUUAAACCAAAUUAUUAGCAUAUUACUUAGAUACAAAGUUUCAAUCAUCCGCAGAAGUCAGACCGAUCUCUGUUUAGUUUUCGCAAACGUUUGAAAAUGUUGAGCAGUGUUUCUCUCCGGGCUCAGAUCGCUUCCAUCAUAGAGGUACUUUCUAAAGCUGCGGUUUCAGAAAUUAGCAAAGUAGUCGACGAUGGCAUAGUUGUGUUACGUGUGGAAAUGUGUCGACGGGAAAAUGAAAUCAACGUCCUGAAAAAUAAUGUACAACAACUUGACAGCGAGCUUCGAAGAGCUCGAGGGAUUAAUGCUCGAAGACGCAUUCAUCACGGUCGAUCAGUUGCUGCUGAGAAUUUUAGGAGAGGGCCCGGUAAAAGUGGUACCACUUGUGAGGGGAAGACUUCGCUUGAAAAACUGCAGCCUGAGGAAGAUUUUAAUGAAAAGGAUGAAGGAGUUGGACCUGCAGAUGAGAUUCUGGUGAAGACUGAGCCAGGAGGAGAGGGUCAACAGGAAGAGCAGACUACAGGGAUAAAAGACAAGGAAGCGGCACGCAGCAGUGUUUUCUUUCCAGGGAAACCAUAUUUAGAGUCAGACGUCAGAGAGGAUAUGAUUUUACAGCUCAGACAGCAACCACGUCAUCGGCAGUCAGACGCGCUCAGGAGAACAAGCAACAGCACAGUACAGUCAAACCCAGACCCUCAAUGUGUAUUGGGUUCUGACCCAAAUUAUAAUAUGACAAGGAGAGCGAGCAACCAAAUAUUUUGCCAGGUUAAGAAACACUUCAUUUGCACACUGUGUGGAAAGAGUUUUGAACGUUACGGCCAUCUUGAAAGACAUCUGCGAAUUCAUACGGGUGAGAAACCGUACAGCUGUGACAUAUGUGGAAGGUGUUUCAACCAGAAGGGUAGCCUCAAAGGACAUCUGAAGACUCACAGAGUAUCGAUUGACGGACUAGCUAAUGAAGAGAAGCCUCUCCUGGAUGGACGUCAGUCUGAGGAAGAGCAGAUGAACGAGAAGGACGAAGUGUUCCAAACUGCUCCUCAGAUGCCCAUGAAGUCUGAGCCAGGGGAGGAGAAGGAUGCAUUCCAGACACUAGAUCAUAAAGCAGGAGAACAGACUGCAGGAAGAGCAGAACAGCACCUGGGUGAUGACUUGUCAACGUACGAGAGAGACGGCCGGCCGUGGAUGUGCAGUUCACAAGCAGACAACGAUAUGGAGACGAGCAAUUCAGAAUAUUUCAUCAGUUCAGGUCAGAACUCCCAGUGUCUCACUGAUCACUCUCCUGUACUUCCUGUCCCAGGAAGGGUGGAGGCGUCAUGUAGCAGUGGUUCAUCUCCAGGGAAACCAUAUGUAGAUGUCAGCGAGGAUAUGAUUUUACAGCUCAGACAGCAACAUUAUGGACCUUCAGACACACUCUUGAUAGCAAGUGAUGGUACAGUACAGCCAAACUCGCAGGUCGCGGACGGGGCUUCUCUGAACCAUCCUCCCAUCUUCUCCAGUUUUCCGGAGAGGAAGGUGAAAACCUUCCAAGGAGUCACCAAAGACAAGAAGUGCUUCAUCUGCUCAUUCUGUGGGAAGGUUUUUGAGCGUGUUGGUCAUCUGGAAAGGCACCAGCGAAUUCAUACGGGUGAGAAACCGUACAGCUGUGACAUAUGUGGAAGGUGUUUCAACCAGAAGAGUAGCCUCAAAGGACAUCUGAAGACUCACAGAGCAGACAAUGCUGACAUGCUAACGGGACAAUCUCUGCUUGAUGAUAAGAAGCCUGACUUUUAUCCUAGACCCUCGGAGAACCCAGAGGAACCGAGGGAUCAGCCCUCACCUGGUGAAGCACAGCCUAGCUCAGGACACAGUGAGGAGGAGGAGGAGGGCAGGGGGCAGGGGAUUGGUGGGGGGAGCAGAGAAAGAGAAGCAGUUUGAAUCCCAGAUACUCAGUCAGUCAGGACCUCAACACCAACAAAGCACAGAGCGACCAGAUUACCAGGACGACCCAGAGUAUGUCAUGGAUGAGAGGGAGAGUCAGCUGUGUAGAUCUUUCACAGAGAGGCACAGUGAUGAGAGGGAGAGUCAGCUGUGUAGAUCUUUCACAGAGAGGCACAGUGAUAUGGAGUCUGGAUCACUAAAUCCAGGUUGCUCCUCCGAUGCGACAAAGCAGCAGAACUCCCAUCCUGUUUCACCCAGUGUCAAAUAUCAUCACAGUCCUUUUGAUGGACUGCACCACCACCACGGGUUCUAUACGUCAGCUUCUAGACAGGUGGAACUUCAACACUUGUCUUUUCAGGAUGAGAAAGACAAGUUGGAUGUGAUUGAGCAAGAGCAGUAUGCAGGGGUGGUUCUCCAUGCAAGGAACAGGGAGGAUGGUGAUGAAACAGUACUACCUAGGUUUCAGGACCGGGUACCACCGUCACCACUACCUGUCGAGGAGGAAACAGCACUGAGAGCGUACAUCACACAACCAAACUACAGUCAAGAGGGGAUUUUAUUUGCCCUUGGCAUAGACAGUUUUGACAGUACAGAGGGAACCAGUGCCACUACAGACGACACAAGAAAUAGAUGUUUCAUAUGCUCCUUUUGUGGAAAGAGUUUUGAUCGCCAUAGUCAUUUUGAAAGACACCUGCACACUCAUACUGGUGAGAAGCCCUACAGCUGUGAGAUAUGUGGUAAGAAUUUCACUCAGAAGAGCAGCCUGAAAGCUCAUCAGAGACUUCAUAUAGGUUAAUCAAGGGCCAAAGAGUCUUGGUGUGUUCCAAAUGGCACCCUAUUCCUUAUUUAGUGCACUACUUUUUAGGGUAUGAAUUGCCAUUUAGGGGACACACUUACUGAAAGUUGUUUUGACCUCAUCAAAACUCAAUCAACACCAGUUAAUGAGUAUGGGACAUUUGGCUGCCAUUGUUAACACAUUGAUGGUGUUGCAACAGUUUAGAAGUCCAACUAAAUUGUGUUUCUAUUAAUUGAGAAUCAAUUCUCAUUUACAAUAGCGAUAUUCAAAUGUUGGUGUUACGUAAAAAGGAACAUUUGAGUAGUUCUUUGUUUAUGUCAUCAGGUAUCAUCUCUCCAAUAAUGUAAAAGUGUUUUUAAGAAAAACUUUCCUGCAUCAAAUGUAUGGAUCAUUGAUCCAAUUUAACAUGUAGGCUACAUAUCCAUAUUUGUUGGUUUGUGAAGACCUUGAUGGUAGGGUUGCCUCUUUAACCCUUGAUCAUGACUCUGUUGCAUUACAUUACACAUGAGUCAUUGGAGUAAGCGUCUUCUGUUCGGGGAUGUUUUAAGAGCCCAGACAUUCGGUCUGAACAUUACCACGCGUCGCUUGUGGUACAGUUUUGGAAGCAUAAGGAUCAUAUCAGCGAGAAAAUACAUUUUUAAAAGUUAAAUUGCUACCUUUUUUAUAGGGUUAGUGUUUCUACAAGGCUGAUUAGUGAUGAUCUCCUAACACCUGUGUGUAAAUUGAUGCCACCACAAACACAGAAAGAUACUGUCUUCUGCAACUGUAGAGGGUUUAUGUAUCUAGAACCAACUGCUGCGAUUGAGAAUAGAUUUACGUUUAGAUGGCGUAUUUGGCUGUUUUGGCUUCCAGACCCAAUUGGCCUCUAAACAGAACAUGGACAAUCAGGAGUAAAGUUAGGCUCCUUUAGUUCUUCAUUGGGCUAGGUUGUAGUUCAAAUGAUUGAGUUUUUUACUCUAGCUAUCUUAACCCAGGAAAAUCAACCUCAUUUAUUUUUGCUUUGAUUUUUUUUUGGGGGGUUUCUGCUUGUGGAUUUCUGAAAUAAAUGUAAAAUUGUGAACGUCUCAA